AGGGAGCAGGCGAAGCAGGAGAGAGAGAGGGGAAGGAAAGGAGGAAGGAAGGAAGGAAGGAAGGAAGAAGAAGGCAAGAACCAAGAAGGGCCCCUCUUUCCAAGGACAUCUUUUGGGGCAGUUUGGUCUCAUCGUCUGCAGGGAGGGGGCAGGACCAAGGAGCGCAGGAGCACCUCUCUUCCCCCUUCUCUCUCCCCCUCGGCUCCGGUCAGCAUCUCCCCUCCCAACCCAACCCUACCCUCCAACAGACAGGAUGAAGGGGUUCGGGCUGGCAUUGGCAGCCCUGCUGCUGGCCGUGGCCAGCCCUGUGGCACGAGGCGAGGAUGGGCUGGAUUUCCCGGAGUACGACGGCGUGGACCGGGUCGUGGACGUCAAUGCCAAAAACUACAAGGCUGUCCUGAAGAAGUAUGAAGUCCUGGCCCUGCUAUACCACGAGCCGGUGGGAGACGACAAGGCCUCGCAGCGGCAGUUUGAGAUGGAAGAGCUGAUUCUGGAGUUAGCAGCCCAAGUCCUGGAAGAUAAAGGUGUGGGCUUUGGCCUGGUGGACUCAGAGAAGGACGCUGCUGUUGCCAAAAAACUAGGACUGGUGGAGGAAGACAGCGUAUACGUCUUCAAGGAGGAUGAGGUCAUCGAGUAUGACGGGGAGUUUUCAGCCGACACCCUGGUGGAGUUCCUCCUAGACGUGCUGGAGGACCCAGUUGAGUUCAUCGAGGGAUAUCAGGAGUUGGAGGCCUUUGAGAACAUCGAAGACGAGCCCAAACUCAUCGGCUAUUUCAAGAAUGAAGACUCAGAACAUUUCAAAGCCUACGAAGAUGCUGCAGAGGAAUUCCACCCUUACAUCCCUUUCUUUGCUACCUUUGACAGCAAGGUUGCCAAGAAAUUAUCUCUCAAACUGAACGAGAUCGAUUACUACGAGCCUUUCAUGGAGGAACCGGUGACCAUCCCCGACAAGCCCAACAGCGAGGAAGAGAUCAUGAAUUUCCUGGAGGAGCACAAGAGGCCAACUCUGAGAAAACUCCAGCCAGACAGCAUGUAUGAAACCUGGGAGGACGACCUGGACGGCAUCCACAUUGUCGCCUUUGCCGAGGAAGACGACCCUGACGGUUACGAGUUCCUGGAGAUCCUGAAGGACGUGGCUCAGGACAAUACAGACAACCCGGAGCUCAGCAUCAUCUGGAUUGACCCCGAGGACUUCCCACUGCUGAUCCCAUACUGGGAGAAGACUUUCGACAUUGACCUGAACCGGCCUCAGAUUGGGGUUGUCAAUGUGACAGAUGCCGACAGUAUCUGGAUGGAGAUGGACGACGAGGAUGACCUGCCCUCUGCAGACGAGCUGGAAGACUGGAUUGAGGACGUGCUGGAAGGAGAGAUCAACACAGAGGAUGACGAUGAUGACGACGACGAUGACGACGACGAUGACGACUAGAGGCCACUGCCGGCAGCUCCUGCUACGAGGCAGGUCCUGCCUGGGACCACCCGUGUGCCACACUUUCCCCCAGAGUGCCACACAGGUGACCCCCAUGGCAGGGCGCUUGGCCUGCACAAGAGCGACCGGUGCUACCAGACCCCGACGCGAACACCUUUUUAUAUUGACCCUGUUUAAGCCAAAGGCCCCCACCUUGUCCUGCCCCCCCAACCUCUGGGGACCCCCAUUCUGCGCUUCUGAAGCACAGACGGAGAAUCGAGGUCAGCGGAGGGUCUUUUCUUCAGCCUCCCCUCCUCCGCCCCCUCCCUCUCCCCCUCCCCCCACUGGAAUUGCCAGCUCCUAUUGGGCUCCUGUCCUGAGAACAGACAUAUUGGAUCGCAGAGGAGCCUGGAGUGCAAAGCAGAACCAGCUCCCAGGACAGAACCCACUGGCUGGCCAGUCCCUUUUGGGCCACAGAAAUCUCACUGCCCCGCCUCAAGUCCAGUAUGUCAGCCUAGCAGGAACCAGGAGUGUGUGAAGGCUCCGAAGCCCAGCUCAGCCAGAGACGACCUUUCCCCACAAGACACAGGCAGCCCUAGGGAUUUCCCAGCCAGGGCCUUUGACCGGCAGCGCACGCAAGAAGGGCUGCGCUUGCUGGGACUUCUGCCACUCUGCAGCCACUCUGCCACUUCUGCCACUAUGAUUAGUGACUUAAAACCCAACGUGCAGUGCAGAGGAGAGGCACACCUCACCUAGGAGCAAACGGGCUUACAGCAGGGUAGGAGAGUUCCAGAUGUCUGAAGAAGGGAGCUCUGACUUUCAAAAGCUUAUGCUGGGAAAACCUUCGUCGCUAAGGUGCCACUGGACUCAGAUCCAGCCAAGUAGGGGCCUCCAACAGUUCUGCAGCAACUGGGAGUGCGGGCAGACCAGAAUUUAGAAUCUGCCACCUCAGCCAAAAGAACACCGAGAACGCACAGAAAUAGCUCAGAAAGCUGCUGCUUUCUGAUCGGGACUCUUCAGCGCAGGCUUUCAAACACUAGAGGGCAGCAGUGCGGACCAUGCAGAUGUGAGUUCCAGCUGUGGGCAUGUAAACAGCAGCGGAAACAGGCAGGAAGGCUGCCUCUGGUUCUCGUUUUAGAUGCAGGAGCUGAAAAGCGGCCCUCGAAGAAGGGUGUCCCGCGUCCCUCUCCCCCCUCCAAAAUCCCUGCAAUUUCUGCUAGCAGCCCCCCCCCACGCCCCGCCCCGCCCCGCCCCUUGAUCCUUGCACACACACACACACACACUCCAUGGGCCUGGCUUCUGUUCCCAGGUUCUUUCCGAUGCAAAACGAGGCCCGCCUUUGAGCCCUGGGGUAAAGGCCUUCCUGUGGCUUGGCCUGGCCUUUCCAUCGCUUUUCUGGAGGGGGGAAGAGCACAGCACUUGGUGGGUGGACAAUGUACAAUUUGUAUAUUUUCAAACAACUUUGUACAGAUAAACCAUGGUGAUUAAAAAUGUCAAACCAC